GAGCCCCGGAGCCCACACGGCCCGCUGCCGGCCCCGCCCGCCCCGCCCGGGUGGAGCCGCGCCCCGCCCCGCCGCGGGAGCGGGAUGAGGCGGCGGCGGCGGCCCCGGCCGAGGCGGCUGCCCCAUGGCGGAGGAUGUUGACCUGAAAGCAUGUCAGGGAGCUUUGGAUGACUGCUGUCCACCUCCAGGAGAGGAUCAGCUGGAACUACAAGAACAAGAGGAGAAAGACAAAAAUCAAAGCAACAGCAACAAUGUAGAUUCCAUUCUCUCCUUAGAGGGCUAUUUACAGCUUCUGUCAUCGCAGGUGGAAAACAUGCUAGAGGUGAACUUACUGGAAGAUACACAAGUUGCUACUUCUAGUAGAGGCCAAGACCCAUCAUCCUCACACCACAAUAUAAACUUGACCCAGACACUUCACAACAGUUUCAGUCCUCCUGAUGCCAUACUACUAAGAACAGACUACCCCACUCAAUUAAAUUCAAAACCAAGACACUUACAAAGGCAAGAGUUUUUCCCUCAAUCAAGCACUGAUAUCACAAAUCCAGAAUCACAAUUUCAUGGGUCAAAUUUGACAGGGCUGUUUUCGGCUGCUGAUCUUAGAAAUCUAACAGCCCAUGAUGAUAAUUUUGAUGAAAUUAAGCUCAUGUCUUUGGCUUUGGAGGAAGGCUUUAGUCCUAUAGAAGUUUCUCAGAUCUUUGAAGAGCCUGGCUCAGAUUCAGGACUACCUUUGAAUUCAAAUCACAGCACCACCUCUUAUUCAGUCUGCUGUGAAGGUUCUGUUGGGUACAGCAGCGGUGUUAAAUCUGCUCCUGUGCACGGCUUAGGAGCUGUUGGUGGCCUUUGCCAAGAAAACAUUAAGCACAGCCAUGUGGAAUAUCCAGGUGUUGCAGAGUGUUCUACAGAAGCCAUGCUUCAGCAGUUUCUUCAUAAUCACACUUACAAUCAGCUGCCAACUCAAGCAGCAUCCACUCCAGAGUAUUAUCAACAGAUGUGGAUGAAGAAAUCAAACGAAGUGAAGGAGAGGUGCCAUAAUUCUAUUGCUGCAAACCGGAGCAGAGAUGAGUGGCGUGCAAAAGCUCUGAGAAUACCAUUUUCAGUGGAGGAAAUUGUGAGCAUGUCUGUUGACUCUUUCAACACCAUGCUAGCAAAGAACCAGCUGACAGAAACUCAGGUAUCACUUCUACGUGACAUCAGGCGAAGAGGAAAAAACAAGGUAGCUGCGCAAAAAUGUCGUAAACGCAAACUGAACGCAAUUCUUAACUUGGAAGAAGAUGUGUGUAAUCUCCAAACACAAAAGGAGAGCCUUAAAAAGGAGCACUCCCAGUGUAGCAAAUUAAUCAACCAGAUAAAGCAAAAAUUAAACAACUUGUACCAUGACAUUUUCAGUAGACUGAGGGAUGACCAGGGUAGACCUGUUAACCCAUGCCAGUAUGUCAUUCACUGCAGUAGCAAUGGUAGUGUUUUCAUAAUACCCAAGCACUUGGCCAAAUCUGAACAGAAACAAGAUAACAGAAAAGAGCAGAAACAAAAGUAAGAUGACUGGAGAUCACCUAAAUCACCUUUAUUUUGCCUGAAAGGUUGAUAACAGUACUUGUGUGACAACUAAAGGUCAGUGAUUACAGCAGUUUAAACACAACCUACACUUGAGGAGAAACACUAUGUUGAGGAGUCUGGCA